AUGAGGAACAGAAAUAGCCAAAAUUACAUAAACACAGACGUUGUACUUGAAAAAUCUGAACUUCAAGCAACUGCAGUCAUGGGGAAUAUAACUCACUUCUUCUGCUUGAGGGAGACCAUAGAUGACAAGAGAAGGGAACCAGGACCUGGAAAGAGGCAUUUCCCUUUGCUGUUCUUGGCUAAGCACUGUACCAGAUCCCAAGAUGGUUGGGACCCAGCCCGGGACCUCCUGGUGGGAGACGUGAUCCGCCAGGCCCUGCCCAACAGGAACACCAAGGUCAAGUACUUCAUGCCCCCAUCCAUGUACCGGGCCCGCCACUACCCGCCCUACGCCGGGGGUGGGGGAUAUGUCAGGUCUAGAGCCAGCGUGCGGCGCCUCCAAGCGGCCGUGGAAGAGGCCGAACUCUUCCCCAUCGACGACGUGUUCGUGGGUAUGUGCCUGAGGAAGCUGGGCGUGAGCCCCACGCACCACGCUGGCUUUAAGACAUUUGGAAUACGGCGGCCCCUAGACCCCCUAGACCCCUGCCUGUACCGAGGGCUCCUCCUGGUGCACCGCCUCAGCCCCCUGGAGAUGUGGACCAUGUGGGCGCUGGUGACAGAUGAGGGGCUCAGGUGUGCAGCGGCCCCCUUGCCUCAACUCCGGGGGGCGGGCUGA